AUGGGCGCUGGGCGACUCCACGACAUCAGCUUCAAGCGAUGUCACACGCUCUGGCCAGGGGCCAAGCUUCAAGACGCUCUCUUCCAGCAGGAUGGUAUCGAGUGGCAGGUUCCAAGGGCCUGUGGAGUUGGCAGUCCUGACCGCUUGCGAUGGAUUCCACCCAGGGCGCUGGCGAGCUUCGGCUUCGGUCGGGGCGAAAUUUUCUGGUGGGGACAGCGGCAGAGCUGGGUGUUCCUUCGACUGGGGCCAUGGGACACGCUGGGACAGAGCGGGCUGCACCGCAUCGACUACAUGUCAAGCCAGCUGGUCUACGAUGUAUUCUGUCACUGGCUGCAGACAUCUUGCAGACAAGAUGUGGUGAUGUUGCAAGAGCUGCAUUGGGGAUGUGGACGGGAAGACAACAGCUGGCGCAUUCCGGGGUGGACUUUCUUUAUUAGUGCUGAUCCGCAACGGCGCUUCACCGGCGUGGGCACUGUUAUCUCAGCGCGAGUUUUGGCUCAGGCCACCACCAGUCACUGGACGUGGAUCCCUGGACGUCUGUUACAGGUCAAGUGCUGCACCCCAAGGGUGAAUGUGGACUUCAUAUGUGGCUAUCAAGCGGUCUGGCAAGAAGGCAAGGCUGCUCAAUCGGCCAGCAUGCGUGAUGAGUUCUGGGUGAAGCUGGGUUCCUCGCCUCGCACUUCCUUACAGGAGGCGUUAGCUCGAGCCGAAGUGCCGCCAGACCUGCAGCAUGCAAUACUCCAGCUGCACGAGAACUGCCGAUAUACUGUCAGCCACAAGGGUAAACAGGUGGCCUCCCUCACCAGCCCGGAAUGGGCCAAGAAGUCCAUGUCACUUUUUGCGGACGAUAGCCAUCUGUCGUGGACGGUGCGCACGAUCGAUGAUUUGAAAUUCGUCCUGCGAUCAUCAUUCGACUGCUUGGAAGUGCUGCGGCCAGAUGGCAGCGGCAGCACCGUCGCUUACGCAAAGAAAUUCGCGAGGAGGGGGCGGAGGAGGCUCGGGAAUCUGGGGCAGUGGCAAGAGGCAGUGGGUUCCAGCCAAUCGGGCGAGCCCGAGACGGCCACACCGUCCACACCGGCCCCGGAUGUGGCGACUCAGAACCUCCUCCUGAAGAGCCUGGUCCGCCACGAGGAGGAACUCACACGAGUCCGACCGGACGCUGGAUUCGUGGCCUUUAUCGACACCACCGAGCUGGGCUGCCUGGGGAUGCUGAAGCAAGUCGCGGGCAAUUGGCACGAGCUCUCGCAGGGAAAAGUCAAGAAAUCGUUGCGAGUGAUGUUAGCCAUGGCCUUGUUCCGCGACCUGAAAGAACGAGCGGAGCAGACGCUGGCAGACCCGGAGCGGCUGGAGAAGUGCCACACGGUGGGAUGGCUCCAACGCACGGAGACGGCGCUGGAUCCGGCCUGGGCAUUCCAUGUCUGGGACCCCAGUUUCAAGAAGCAAGUGGCCACCGACCGGGUCAUGAAGCACUCGGAGGCCAUGAAGCUCUUGGACCUGCUGAUCCUGAACCUCCCGAAGGAACAGGUCCUCACACGAUUCAAAUCGGUGAGGCCUCUGGCGGACUCCCACGACACCGAGGUGGUCCCCUUCCUGAUAUCGGUGGGACUUUGCGGGGAGUCGUGCCAGAAAUGUUUCGACGCUUUGCUGGCGCUGUCAGGGUGUGCGAUCACCAAGCUGCAGGGCCUGCGCAGUCGGCAGGAGCGAAUCCAGAAGACGCCACUCUCGAAGACAGUCGAGGAAGCGUACCAGGCCACGAGCUACUCUGCGACUGGACCCGCCGAGGAGCGCCUUGCGCAGCCAGACGAGCCAGGUCGCUUGUCUGGUCAAGCUGCGUCCAGGGAAACGCGGCUUGUGCCCCGCCAGGGCCUUGGCUUGCCGCGUGCCAGGCUGCGCAACGGCAGCAAUGUUUGCUACAUCAAUGCUGUGGCCCGUUUGGCUUGGCGAGCUCUCUGCGGCAUCGGAGGCAUGCCUUGGCCAACUCAAGGCCCGUUGAGCCACCUGAUGAGACUGCAUCCGGCGGGCGAGGCCAGUGCCUCGCUACAAUCCCUGAUAGAUGCAUGCGGUUAUCAGCAUGCACCACAGGCAUUACAUGCACACUCGGUGGUUGUAUUCCUCAUGCUGUGUCGCUAUGACGAAAGCGGUGCCAAGUGCACGCGACAGGUCAGAGUGCGACCGGGAGACACCUUGGCCCUGCCUAUCUUUUCUGAGCCCACGGGCUUGGACGUCCGGCAUGAGUCCUUCACUGUGGUAGUGGUUGUUUUCCACUUAGGCCAGAGAGUUACGGAGGGACACUACCUCACAUUGAUCGGGAAUGAGAUUCUGGCGAUAGCCAGGCGAAUCCUGCCUGCGCAUAGGGUGCAGCUGAUGCUGGAAUACGCUGAUCUCCUGGAGGUUAGUCUCGACGCACAAGAGCUGGUCAAGUUUCCGGCCCCGUGUGAUCACCAGAGUGACCAGCACAGUGCUGCGGAGUUGCAGGCUGAGAGGUUACUGAACACGGCUGUUAUGGAGCUUAUGGGACCGGACUUCACCUGCACCAGCUUCUCGAUCAAUCUUGAUGACGAGGUCGAGCCGCACCGUGAUAUGUGCAAUGCCCCGGCACCAAGUGUUCUCCUUGGUCUGACGUGCCAUGCGGGGGGUGGAUUCUGGUACGAGUCGGAACACGGGCACCACUUCCUGGAGACCCCCGCGGGCUUCCUGUCAGGACUGGAGGUGGGCACUGCUUGCAGGGCGUGGACCUUUUCUAGCCGAUUGAUGACGCAUGCAGCCCUCCCUGCAAGCUUUGGCCGCCGGAUGGUUCUCCUUGCGUACACCACGGCCAAUCAUCAUCGUGCCACUCCGGAACAUCGCGAGCUUUUGCAGCGAGCUGGGUUCGUGAUGCCGAGUCCUGACAACCUGGAUCUCUGA